ACACAAAAAGUGAGUGCUUCUGUUCAGCUCCUCCUCUCUUCUCUGACCAUCCCGCUUCUCAUACCCCUUUCUGUCAUCGUCUGUCUUUCACACUAACAAUUUUGAGGGUUUGUUUUUCUUGAUUUUGAACAUAUUAAGCACAAUACAAGCAAACCCAUAAGGGUGUUUUUGAAAGCCAGGUGAUUUUCAGAAUAGAGAUCCAAGUUUUUUCUUUUUUCCUUUCUCUUUCCUUUUUGGUGUAUUUUCUUUUUCAAAAUAACUAAAGAGGGCUUGUUUUUCUAUCCCUCAAGGUUUAUUUUGGUUUUUUUUGUAAAAACUUGGACAAGGACAAAAAAAAGGGUCCUUUAUUUAUCCAGUCUUUUUGAUCCUGCUGUGUAGAAAACUUGCUUUCGAUUUUGAUAUAAGAAACAGGCUGGUUUUUAGAACCUUUUUUUUUCCCUUGAUUUUCAGAUCUCUUUCUUGCUCUUUUUUUGGUUACUUUCUCUUUUUACAUAAUAUAUUGUGUGAAUUCUGCUUUUUUGUUAACUUUGUUGAGAAGUCAUGGCAGCAGCUAUAGAUAAAUGCAGUAGCAGCAGUAAAUUUUUCUCAGAUCCUUUCAAUGAAGAGCUUAUACAAGCACUUGAACCUUUUAUGAAAGGUGCUUCCUUUUCUUCUUCAUCAACCAAUACCUCUUCUUGCUCUCUCUCUCCUCCCUCUGUUUCUUCUUCUUUGGAUUAUCCUUUUCAGCCUUCUUAUAACUGUUCUUCUCUCUCUUCAGAGCCCAAUAUGUACCCUGAUAUGAGCUCAUCCCCAUCGAAAACCCAUCUGUUUUCUCAAGGGUUUUCGAGUUUGAACCAAAUGGGUGUUGAUCAAACAGGUUCAAUUGGGCUCAACCAUCUCACCCCAUCUCAAAUCCUUCAAAUCCAAGCUCAAAUCCACCUCCAACAACAACAGAACCACUACUUUGCUUCAUUAUCAGUAGCCUCAUCACUCCACCACCAAACCUCCAUGCAAUGUCAAACACCACGCUAUAGCAUCCUUGGCACAAAACCUGUACCCAUGAAGCAAGUUGGAAAUCCGCCGAAGCCAGUGAAGCUUUUCCGGGGAGUGAGACAGCGGCGUUGGGGCAAAUGGGUCGCCGAGAUCAGACUUCCUAGGAAUCGAACUCGGCUAUGGCUUGGCACCUUUGACACAGCCGAAGAAGCGGCCUUGGCUUACGACAAGGCUGCUUAUAAGCUGAGGGGAGAGUUUGCUCGGCUCAAUUUUCCACAACUUAAACCUCAAGGAGGCUAUGAGUUUUCCGAUUACAAGCCUCUCAAUUCCUCCAUUGUGGCGAAGCUUGAAGCAAUUUGCCAAAGCUUGACUAAUUCUCAGAAACAGAGGAAUUCCAGGAAGUCUAGUUUGGUCUCUGGGGCAAAAACGCAAACAGGUGUUCGACAGUUGCGAAAUGUGUUUGAUGAUUCACUGAACGCUGAAUUGAGCUAUCAGGUACCACCGGAGAAUAUCAAGGUGGAGGCUUUUUCGUCGCAAUCUUCCUCAGACGAGCAGUCAGCGGCCAUGUCUUCGCCGGAAUCUGAUAUUACAUUCCUGGAUUUCCCAGAGCCUUCAUUUGAUGAGUCAGAGACCUUCAUGUUGGAGAAGUGCCCUUCAGUGGAGAUAGAUUGGGCAGCUCUUUAG